AUGGCAGAGGAGGCAAACCCACCCGCGUCGGUGGAUGUCACCAACACGACUGAGGAGGCGACGCGUUCUACAGAUACUGUGGAAGAGCCCGCCGCCGCAGAGGCUAAGCCAGCCGAGGAGAGCGGCGCAGCCACCUCGGACGUCGCUGAAGAUCCCGUAGACAAGGCUGCAUCAGAGGGCGGCGCUGUGAAAGAUGAUGCCACUGCUGACGCGCAGGCAGAGAAGUCUGCAGCCAGUGAUGAUGCAGAAGCCGCACCUGCCUCCGACGCGCCGGCCACAAACGGUACCCCAGCGCCCAAGAAGGCUACCAACGGCAAGCGCAAGUCGGGCGCUGGCGUUCCAGAACACAAAAAGAAGACACCAGCCAAGAAGGGAAAGAAGCCAGUCGAGCUUCGCCUGAAUGUGUCACCUGGUGACAUGCACAUGGUCGCUAUGCGUGGCUACCAGCCAUGGCCGGUGAUUGUUUGCGACGAAGAGAUGCUCCCUGAAUCACUCCUCAGUAAGCGGCCUGUCAGUGCUAGGCGCAUCGAUGGCACAUACCGAGAAGACUUCCUCGAGGGCGGCAAGAACGCCAAAGACCGACGGUAUCCCAUAAUGUUCUUGGGCACAAACGAAUUUGCAUGGCAAGUGAACACCGACCUGCUCCCCUUCGACCUUGAUGAAGUCAAGAAGGAUGUCGAAUCCGGCAACCAGACGAAGAAGAACAAGGCCCUUUGGGAGGCAUAUCAGAUCGCUGCUGAAGGCCACGAGCUAUCCUGGUUCAAGGAGAUGCUUAGUGCGCAUGAGUCUGCGAUGGCGGAGGACAUUGAGCAGCGUGAGCAAAAGGAGGCGCAGAAGAAAGAGAAGGCCGAGAAGUCGGCCAAGCGCAAGAGCACCGCCGUAGACGAAUCGGAGGAUGUUGAGAUGGAGGAUGCUGACGGCGCUGCCCCAUCCACUAAGAAGAAGGCCACAAAGAAGCGCAAGAAGACUGACGAGACCGAGGACGAGAACGACAAGCGUGCAAAGACUCCCAAGACUAAGCUCAAGCUAACGACGAAGACGCCCAAGGAGGCAAGUGCCGCGAAACUCAAAAAGGAGCCAAAGUCGAAGAAGAAGGCCAGCGAAGAAGCUGAGGCUGCUGUACCAGAAGAACCACCGAUGACCGAAGAGGAGCGGCUUCAAAAGCGAGAAAAGCAAGUCCUCUAUCUCCGACACCGUUUGCAAAAGGGCUUCCUCUCGCGCGACCAGGCACCCAAGGACGAGGACAUGACCAACAUGUCUGAAUAUCUAAAGCAGCUCGAGGCCCACGAUGAUCUGGAGGGCGAAGUGAUCAAGAAGACCAAAGUUCACAAGGUCCUCAAGGCGAUUAUGAAGCUAGAUUCCAUCCCCAAGGAGGAGGACUUUGAAUUCAAGAAGCGCUGUGGUGAGCUCCUCGGCAAAUGGAGCAACGCUCUGGCCAACGAAGCUGAACCCGCUGGCACCAAUGGUGUGAAGGAGGACGAUCGCGAAAAGUCUGAAUCUGCCAAAGAGGACGUACCACCUACCGAGAAGACUGUAGAGGACACCAAGAUGGAAGAUGCCACUACCGAAGCCGUUGUUGAGAAGAAGGCCGAUGCGGACGGCGACGUUGCCAUGUCAGAAGCAGACAAGGAGGUCAUCAAAGAUGCACCCGCAGCCCAAGCUGAGGCUGAGGCUAGCGUUGAGGGUGGCGACAAGGCUGCUGCUGAGACUGAGACGGACGCUGCGACUGCUGAUGCCGCCAAGGCUUAAGCCGUCACCAACAUGGUGAGCAUCUGAGAGAGCGAGUGUUUCUAUCGCUCUCUGCUGUCGGUCACAACGGUAUGGUGACUUUGCUGUAGUGGUAAUGGCUUUCGCCGUUUAGGCUGAUCGGGCCUGGAGGAAGCGCGGAUGGGUAUUUCUUGGUUUUCAUGCGUGCACUCUAUCUACGAGUGGAUCUGCCAUCUUUGUACAUAUAUUGCUGACGAGUAUGAUUAGUGAAGCUCGAUGAGGAGACUAUGAGGAAGUUCGGGAGAUGGACUUCCAGGAGUAAAAGACUGUCUUAGCAAUGGAAACUACACAAAAA